AUGCCUCCCCGACUGCGCGGCGUGCUCGCAAAGAGCCUGUCGCGUCCACUAGACAGUGUCUUCUACUGUCCCUCCUGCGCGGCAUGGAGACGGCUGUCGACGCGUGCCGGCGUCAACAACCACGCCCGCGGUGAAAAGAGCAACCCUGCCCAUCGCCCACUGAAUCCCGCUGCAAUCCCUGCUCCUCGUCCUCUCUCAACAUCGACUGUCAUCGGCGUAGGCAAGGUUGUCCCGCCACGGUUUAAAGAGCUGUACGGUGCGCUGGAGGCGGUGCGUGAUGCGGCGAUCGAGCAAGUGAGCCUGAGUCGGCUACAGCUUGCGCUGCGCGGGUUGGAGUCCGAGACGCCUCUUAUUCGUGUUGCUGUUCUUGGUUUGGACAAUGCGGCUUCGGCACGGAGAUUAGUGCGAUUGCUGCUCGCUGACCCGUUACGACCGCGCGAGAGCUGGGAGGAUAUCCUCGAGACCAACGACGCUGAUACGUCACCGGGACUUUUGAUUCGGUAUGGGCCCUCUGUUUUUUUUUUUACUAUAGGCCAUUUUGCUGAUGGAUCGGUCAUCCUUGACAGUUACGGGGAAGUCUCGGAAUCUAUUUCGAAUGACCUGCUGCCGACGAUUGCGAUCCCAUCACCCAUCUUGAAACAAGGCAAUUUGGAGAUCUUGGUCAGUACGCUCGGCUCUGAAACGGAUUUUGCCGGCACCACCCUCACUGCAGACACCUUCCUCGUUCCCACUGUAACCAUCCAGACCUCGCAUUCUGGUCGGCAUAACGUUGUGCGGUACCCUGUGCAUCGGAGCAUUGUAUGUGGUAGCGGAGUGGAUGGACUACUGGCGUACAGUUCGCUGGUCGCCCAGUCAGACCUCAAGAACGAGGUGGCUUCUGUCCGCGGAGCGAUCGAGCUCCCCUUGGCAGAUAAGAAUCCAAGUAGGGACCGACUUUCAUUGGUGGAUAUCCACCGCGCAAGCAAAGCACUUGAUAAGUUCCGCGAGUCUGUGCAGAACGUCUCCGAAUACGAACGCGGAUGGAAUGGCAGCGGCGUGCAAACGGUGAUCGACUGGCUUGCCUCCUCGAAGGUCCAAAAGGAUGGCGCACUGAAUCCGGCUUUGGUGCCUCUCAUCGAAUCCCUUCUGGAUUCGGCUGACGAAGGCGUGCUAGCUCGAGAUGAGAAGGCCAUCAAGCAUCAGACCGCUGGUGUGGUUUCUGAUACGGUGCGUGCCAACCUGGAGCGUGGCAUUGCCGUCUGGGCUGAGCGGGCACAUUCAGAACUGCGCAGCUCCCUCGAGGCCGGUUUUGCCAGUCCGCGAUGGCGGGGUCUGGCCUGGUGGAAGCUCUUCUGGCGCGUUGAUGAUGUGAGCAUGAUCACCUCUGAGAUCCUGGAGAAGCGAUUCCUCCGCCGUUCCGAACACGAGGUCAUCUGGACUGCGGGUAAAUACCACCAGGCAGGUCUGCUGGCGGAACACCCACCCAUCUCACUCUCAGAGUCUGCACCCUCCAACAAUUCCAUUUCUUCCCCCUGGCCGACCCAGAUUCCAGACACCCGCGCCAAACUCCUCACAACCACCGUGCCAUCCCUCCAAGCUCUAGCACAAAGCCUGGUCCUUUUCAGCGUAUCCACGACGACGCUAACAUCCACCCUCUCUGCACUAACGUACGUCUCCAUCCCCUCCGCCUCCAUCUACGAAUCCUGCACCUUAGCAGCUGUGGGCCUCAUUUACUCGCUACGUCGUCAGCAGAAGAAAUGGGACGUCGCACGUGGGUUUUGGGAGGAUGAAGUCCGCGAAGAGAGGACGGUCAUCUCUACGUGA